GCGAGCGAAUAUGUAUAUAUAUAAACAAAAGUAUAUAUAUAGCUCCUCUUCUCUCACAUUCACACACACACAAAGCAAGCAAGCAAGAGCAUUAGUGCAACAAGAUGCCGAAGAAUAAGGGAAAGGGAGGGAAGAACAGGAAGCGAGGAAAGAACGAGGCGGACGACGAUAAACGGGAGUUGUUGUUCAAAGAAGACGGGCAAGAGUACGCCCAGGUGAACCGAAUGCUGGGGAACGGCCGGUGCGAGGCCACGUGCAUCGACGGCACAAAGCGGCUCUGCCACAUCCGCGGGAAGAUGCACAAGAAGGUGUGGAUUGCCGCAGGGGACAUUGUACUCGUUGGGCUCAGGGACUACCAGGACGACAAGGCUGACAUCAUCCUCAAGUACAUGCCCGACGAGGCCAGGCUCUUGAAGGCCUACGGGGAGUUACCGGAGACUACCAGGUUGAACGAGGGGAUUGCUGCUGGAUUGGUCGAGGAGGAUGAAGGAGUCGGGAGUAAUUAUGUUGUGUUCGAGGAUGAGGAUAUUGAUAAGAUUUAGAAGAGAGAAAGAUCCAUAUAUAUAUAUAUGGGGUUUCGAAUUUUGCUUUUCUUAUGUUUUUGAUUCCAUUUUCUGUUUUCUAAUUAUACCAUUACUGAAAAUAUGUAAGGUUUUAUUUUUCAUAUAAUAUU